AUGUCACCUUGGAAAUACUCGAAAGCAGAAAUGAAAAAUGACGAAGAAAAUGCGGGAUGUCAACAGGACACGCAAAGCGAAGAAGCACCAGACCCAGAGUCACAAACGAUUCGCCUUCUUUCCUGGAAUAUUGACGGACUGGACAAAGUCGCCAUUCUUGAAAGGACGAAUGCUGUGUGUGACAUCAUCGACAAGGUCAACCCCCAUGCCGUGUUUCUGCAGGAAGUGACGUUGUUAACACAGGCGAUGUUGACGGCUAGAUGUCCUAAUUAUCAGCUCAUUCCUGGGGGUGCGGGGAGUUACUACACUUGUAUGUUACUAAAGAAGGGAGAAGUGGAAAUCACCCACGACCAGAUAUUGCCCUUCCCUGAUACAACAAUGGGCAGAAAUCUUCUCAUCGUACAGUGCAGGAUCAAAGAGAAAAUCUUCGUGCUGAUGACCUCACAUUUGGAAAGUACAGGUGAAUGUUCCGAGGAACGUGUUGAUCAGCUAGAAACAGCAUUUCGUAUGAUGCAGAAAUCUUCACAGUCGUCCACUGUCAUAUUUGGAGGGGAUCUCAAUCUCCGCGACCAAGAGGUCGCGAGUAUUGGAGGUCCACCACCAGGUAUCUACGAUAUUUGGGAGACGACUGGUCGUAGGCAAGAAACAGCCUUUACAUGGGACAUGUCCCUUAACGACAACAAGGAUUUCGGACAAUUCAAGCCUAAGAAACGAUUUGAUCGCCUGUACGUCAGAGGGGCAGAACCUCCUGUUAUUGAGCCUAUCAGUUUGGAACAUGUUGGGCUGGAACGUGUCGCUAGCUGUGGAAAGUAUCCGAGUGACCACUGGGGGUUAUUCACUCAAUUCAGUACCGUGGUCAAGGUCAAGGUCAAAAUAUUUGCAAACAAGGUUGAGUAA